UCCAGCAGGUGCUUCCUCCCCAAAGGCUGCCCAGGAACUGUUCCUACAACCACAGCUGCCAAGCCAAGGAAGCCUGGGAUGGCGGCCACCAGGAAUGGGGCGUGCCCAAUGGGGCGUGCCCCUCAGAGCAGGGAGGGGGAUGCUGGCUUGGCCAGGAGCCCUGGCUGCAGGACACUGCACUCUGCAGGUCGCCACCAUGUCCUGGACUCCGGUCCUGCUCCUGCUGCUUGCCCACUGCACCGGUGGUGAUCCCCAGCCGGCACUGCACCAGCCGCCCGCCGUGUCCUCGGCCCUGGGCACCACGGUCCGCCUCUCCUGCACCCUGAGCCGUGACCACAGGGUGGCCCUUCACAGCAUCUACUGGUACCAGCAGAAGCCAGGCCACCCGCCCCGAUUCCUGCUGAGGUACCUCACGAAUGCCAAUCAGGAGCGCAACCCCCAGUUGCCCCCUCGCUUCUCAGGCUCUAAGGACUUGGACAGCAACAGGGGCUACCUGACCAUCUCUGACCUGCGGCCCGAGGAUGAGGCUGUGUACUUCUGCGCAGUGGGAAGCCUUGAGAAUGAGAUGGAGAAGCGGGAGGAAGAGCAGCCUGCUGCCUCUGGGUCCUGGGCCCCCUGGGACAGCUCGCCUUGAAGCAGUCCCCGCAGGGGGUUGGCACACACUUGGCUUGGAAAGGAGGAGGUGGCAGACGUCUGGGAUGGGGGAUGCUGCUCAG